AUGAAGACCGCCGCCCUAGCCCUCGGCGCCCUAGCCGCCCGCGUGGCCGCCCAUGACCAGCCUCCCUUCUCCCUCGGCUCGCCCACCGUCGACCUCCCUACCCCCUCCUUGGCCCCGACCAGCUCAGAGGAUUCCGAGCCCUCAGACACCACCCAGUGGACGACCAGCACGGUCUACACCACCAGCACGCAAACCGUCACCAGCUGCCAUCCCACCGUGACCGAGUGCCCCCCCCACAGCACCGUGAUCGUCACCGUCACCAUCGCUAUCAGCACCACCGUGUGCCCGAUCACUGAGACUCCUCCUCCUCCUCCGCCGACAUCUACCGAGGCACCUCCGCCUCCCCCGGAAACCACCACCGAGGCUCCUCCCCCGCCCCCGGAGACUACCACUGAGGCUCCUCCUCCGGAAACCACCACCAGCCAAGCCCCCUCGCUUCCUCCUCCUCCCCCGCCUCCCCCUCCCCCGCCUCCUCCUCCGUCGACCACCGAGGCCACCACCACCGCGGCACCUCCUCCUCCUCCUCCUCCUCCCCCGCCACCGCCGCCGGCAACCACCGUGCCGACCCUGACCACGUCGGUGGGCACCACCUUUGUGCCGCCGAGCCAGACCAACACCGGGGCUCCGCCUAUUGCUACGGGUGGUGCUGGUGUGCAGAGGGCUGGUGGGAUGAUGGCGGCUGUUGCUGCUGUUGUUGCUGUGCUUCUUUAA